AGACCUGAAAGUGGCACAUGGCAGAGUGUGGCGAUGGAGACAGCAGCAAUGGGAGGCCGUACAGGGACCCAUGACAGACUCUGGACCUGGCAGCAGCAUGAGGAGGAGGGACCUGGCAGCAGCAUGAGGAGCGCGGUACAGGGGCCCAUGGCAGAUUACGGGCCUGGCAGCAGCAAUGGGAGGCCCGUAAUCUGCCAGCACCCUAUGACAAAAUGGAACCCACCAGCAGUGUGAGGAGACCUGAAAGUGGCACAUGGCAGAGUGUGGCGAUGGAGACAGCAGCAAUGGGAGGCCGUACAGGGACCCAUGACACACUCUGGACCUGGCAGCAGCAUGA